AUGGUGGGCUUCCUCCGGGCCUUCACCGCCGCAUCCGCCGUGCCAGCAGCAGCCGUCGCCGCGGCCGCCCUCUCCUCCUCCUCCUCCUCCCCCUCCCGCUCCCCCUCCUCCAGGCUCCGCUUCCCCCUGCCUCCCUCCCUCUCCGCGUUCGCCGCCUCCUCGUCCUCCUCUGCCCCCGUGCGCGCGCCGACCGCCGCCCCUCCGAUGGCCGCCGCCGCCACCGCCGAUCUCUCUGCCCCCGACAAGGUUGGGGGUACCGCGCUUCCGGAGCUCACGACCGAAUUCAUGGUGGACAUGAAAUGUGAGGGCUGUGUCACAGCAGUGAAAAACAGGCUUCAAACACUUGAAGGAAUACAAAACAUCGAAGUGGAUUUGAAUAACCAGGUAGUUAGAGUUCGUGGGUCUCUCCCAGUGAAGAUAAUGUUGGAUGCUCUGCAUCAAACAGGACGAGAUGCACGUCUGAUUGGGCAAGGGAACCCAGAUGAUUUCCUAGUUUCUGCUGCCGUGGCUGAGUUCAAAGGGCCAGUUAUAUUUGGUGUUGUUCGUCUAGCCCAAGUUAACAUGGAAUUGGCUAGAGUUGAGGCUACUUUUAGUGGUCUAUCACCUGGUAAACAUGGAUGGUCAAUAAAUGAAUUUGGGGAUUUGACAAAAGGUGCAGAAAGUACUGGCAAAGUAUACAAUCCACAGGAUUAUCUGUCUGAUAAGCCCCUUGGUGACCUGGGAACACUAGAAGCUGGAGAGAAUGGAGAAGCCCAGUUUUCAGGAUCAAAAGAGAAACUGAAAGUUGUCGACUUGAUCGGUCGCUCUAUUGCGCUGUAUGCAACCGAGGACAGAUCAGACCCAGGCAUUGCAGCUGCCGUUGUCGCGAGAAGUGCGGGUGUUGGGGAGAACUACAAGAAACUCUGCACAUGCGAUGGUGUCACCAUUUGGGAAUCGAGCUAA